AUUUUUUUUGCACAAUACAUUUUAAAAGGAUUUAAAUUUAAGUUGGAGCCAGCAUGGCUAACAUUAAAACUGAAAAUGGUCAGUUUAUAAUGUUUUGUGUUGUAAAUGGUGAUACAAUGGAAUACAAAGCUACCAACAUGGAUGAGACUUAUGCUGAAAAAUUAAAAAUCUCUGAAGUUAUGAAUCGCGUUAAGGAGUUGAACAAACGUAUACGCUUUGAUGAAAAAACGGUUUGUGACACAUUGACACAGCGACAACCGGAUGAUGAAAUUUGGUUAGAUGAGCAUGAUGAUUCGAAAGGUUUGAAAUUAAAAUAUAUGAUACGUAAGUGUCCAUUUAACUUUAAUUUCUAUCUCAAAAAGCAAGCUGAAGAGGAGCAUAAAUAUUCAUUGAUGGUGCCACUCUUUAAAACCAUUGCCAGUUUAAGCGAGCAAAUUGUUGAGUUGAGAGACGCUGUUACACGUAAAGAUGUUGAAAUUCAGCAGUUUAAGAAAGAAGGUGCUAUUUUAAAGAGAACUACUGUUGCCACAUCAAUGUUUAACUUCGAUGACUUUGAUAAGAAGUAUGACGAGUGUAAUAAACUAGCAAAGGUGUUGGAGCCAGUUGGGUUGCUUUUCAUUGAACAGUUACAAAACAGUACUGAACUGGAGGCAGUAUCAAACUCUGAUGUUGUAAUGGUUGAAAAAAACUGCGAAUCACCUAAAAACUGUGAAUCACCCAAAAAGAGUGAAACUCACAAAAAAGAGCAAAAUAAAAGUCCAAAGGAUAGAAAACGCACUGCUAUGGCUAGAAAGCAAAAGUUACUAAGUCGUCAAUUACAAUCACGAAAACAAAAUUUAGAUUACGAAAGUAGUCAGAGUUUUAGUCAAAAUUCAAUGGACAUACAGGUUGAAACAAAAGAAUCAAAAUCAAGUACAGAGAUAAGAGAAGAUGUUAUAUCAACACCACGUAAGAGAAGAAAAGUUGCUGAAAGUAAAUUACCAGAAUCUGAUAGCGAUGAGAUUUCUGAUGAAGUGCUUAAUUGUAAAACUCCUAAUAGAACUUUAAAUAAAAAAAUAAAUGGGAAGAAAGUUGGAAAACGUGAAAGUACUGCAUUAUAUCUUUCUGAAGAUGAAAGCAGUCAAGUUCAAUCACCUGUUCGAAAACGUGUAGCACCUCAGGUCUCCAAUUCAACAACUUCUGCGGAAGAAACAACUGAUGAGGAUAAGCAAAAAGAUAUUGAAAACAUUUUACUACGUUUGCAAGAAUUAAACAGAACGCGACGUGAAGAGUUAAAUAAAAAUAAAAAAGUUUAAGAUAAAUACAUUUUAGUUUUAUAUAAUACAUAUUCUAUAUAAUUAAAUUAUACAGUUUAAGUAUUUAUUUUUGAAAAAAUUUGAAAUUGAAAGUUAUUACAAAAAUUUAUUUAUAUAAAUCUUAAAAAAAUAUAUAUGUAUAAAUUCAAUAUGAGUCAAUUGAAUUAAAUUAAAUAAAUGUAAUAACUUUUAACGCAAAUUUUUGUAUACAUUU